AUGGAGGACGAUACGCACAGCAACAACAACGACUUUUCAUCUGGUGGUGGUAAAACACCACUCGAAGAAGAAGAAGUUUCCGUGCGAGACUUGCUCUCGAUGAAACAUUCCAAUUCCUUUAAUCCCUUCACGGCGGGGAAAACAAAGACGCAAAAUCAGAUUUUACCGAAGCACAUGCUCCCGUACUCGGAACCGAUCGAAGUCUCGCACUUCUCGAAAACGAAAAGCGGGGAGACGUUUUUCGACAGCAGGAACUUAAAACGAACGAGAGAUCCACAAUUGCCGUUCGAUUUGAACGAAGGGUUUGCGAAUUUUCGAGACCGAGACCGGUUGGAUAAAUAUCCUGCUCCCUUGUUGCCUCUGUUUGAAAGCUUGGAAAGGAGCGGGAAGGCGAGUUUGUUGUUAGACGUGGACGUGCUGUCGUGGAGAGGCAACAUGAGCAAGCUUUUGUGCGCACCGUGGGAAAGCCGGGAAGGGUUCCGAUUGGAGUGCGAGUUAGUGAGAAGGAAGUUUGAUCGUCCCGAUGACGACGAUGGAAAAGAUGAGGAGGACGACGAGGACGACGGCGACGAGGACAAAGAAGAAGACAUCGGAGGAAGCGCAAAUAAGAAAUUGAAGAGGACGAGUAGUACGAACACGAACAAUAGCACGAAUGACGCGACGACGAAUUCAUCCGGUGGUGGAGGUGGUUCUCCCGGUGAUACCGUUACCACUGACGCGGCGGGAGGAGGCGAAGGAGAAGGAGGCAUCCAAGACGAAGCCAUCAGGAAUAUUAGUAAUAACAGCAACGCAAAAAGCAAACGACCGGCGACGUUGGUGCUCAACGUCCUCGAGGCAGAGCAUAAACUCGAAGAGGCGCGAGAAAUGUUGAAGAAUAAAAAAGAUCCCGCAGGAAAACAAACCAAAAGCGAGAAAGACUUAGCUUGGCACGAACGAAUGAGCUACUGGGGAUUCGCCUUCGAGGAGUUCGUGACGUCGGAAAAACCGCACGCGAACGCGGUGAAUUGUCGCGAAUCGUUUUGUACGGUAACGAAAUCUAAACUUGGCGAGAACACAAAAUUGCUGUUAGGCGGCGAAGUUGAUUGUUGGAACGGUAUCGCCGAGGGCCUUUCCGGAUACGUCGAAUUGAAAACGAGCAGAAAGAUUGACACGAAGAAACAAAGAGCGAAUUUUGAAAAGUUCAAGCUGUUGAAAUGGUGGGCGCAAUCGUUUACGGUUGGGGUGAGACAAAUCUUAGUUGGCUUUCGAGACGACGACGGGAUGGUGCAAAAGAUGCAAAAUUUAGAAACGAUGAAGCUACCGAGUUACGCAUUAGCGGCGGAUAAAAAGAACGCGUGGCGACCAGAGGUGGCUUUAACGUUCGCGGAGAAAGUGUUGACGUUUAUUCGAGAGACGAUGGAGAAGUACCCGGAAAACAGUCGAGCGUUGGUGGAGUUUAUACCAGCACGGACAAAAGGCGAAUCGAAAUUUAAAAUCACCGUUGUCGAGGACAUUCCCGAUUUCUUACCGAAACUCGCGCGAGAGAUGUUGCAAAUGAGCGCGAGAGAUCUCCUCUCUCGAGACGAAGAGAAAAGGAAAAAAAUCCUCGCGAGUCAAGCGCCGCCGACGAUUUCUUUCAGCGGACAAGAGUCUGAAAACUCCGCGGGCGGGUCUAUCGACCAAUCACACCAUCACGCGUCGCGACCGCGCGACAGCUCGUCCCCGGAUUUUGCCGCGGAGAUUGCGAAAUCUGGUAGCGGCGGAAGCGGAGGGUCGCAUCGGUUCAAAAACGCUUCGCAACUCGCGCUCAACAGAAAACGACCGAUGGUCUCUAGAGACCGACGCGAAAAGCUCAAACGCGAACGCGAAAAAGCGCGCGCGCUAAACAACGCGCGAGAAAACCAGCUCGGAUGGAUUGGAGGCAGCGCGGGCGCUCCCGGCGGUCUCGCCGGAGUCGGCGAUUUCGCCAACGCUAACAUUCGAAGAUCGUACGCUUUCGGCGCGACGAGCUAUCUCGAAGAGCUCGGCAAGAACGCCUUAUAUUACGCCACAGGAGGAGGGGGGAUACUACCAGGAACAUCGGGAGAACAACAGCAGCAACAUCAACAACAGUUACAUCAUCAGCAACAACAAUCCAACGAGAAUCUCACCGCGAGCGGCCAACACGUCGGCAUCGGCAUCGACCCGUCCGCUCUCUUGAAAAGACUCCUCAAAAGCAACGGCAGCAUCAAAAACGAUGAAAACGACGACGACGACGAUGGUGUCUCGAAAAACGAUCAUCAGGUAUAG